UACAGAAUGACAGCGCUGUACUGUACACUGAAACACACGCGCUCGCUCAACUGGACGCCCUGCGACAAAGUGCACGCUUGGAGCAGCGCGCGCGCUCCCCCUUCCUUGCGUCAUCACUCGGCGUCGCGCUGCUGCUCCUUCGGACUUGGCGCCAAUCGAGCUGCGCUGCAGCUCUUUCUUCGUACCUCCUGCUCAGUUUGGUAACCAAGCAAAGUCCUCGGUCAAUAUCGGUUUAUUAUGGACAUCCGGAGGUUCUUUGCUCCUAGUAAACCGGCAGCACAGAAACCUCCCCAGAACAGCAUCACAAGUAAAAAUGAAGACGUAAAGAAGAAACCCAAAUCAGACUCGAAGGUUAAAAGCCCUAAGGUGGAGGAGAAGCCAUCAGCGAAAAGGAAGAAGCGAGCUGUCAUAGACUCCGACUCAGAGGAGGAAAAGCCUAAUGAGAAGUCUCGGAAGGUUCCCAAGGGGAGCCAGAAGGCCCACAAAACUACAACUCCUCCAAAAAAAGAAUCAAUUCAAUAUGUAUCAGAGACAGAUUCAGACAGUGACACAUUUGUGUCCCUGAAAAAGCCCAAAUCCAGGGAAAAUGGGGUGACCAAAGCAGGGGGCACAAGGCUGACCAAAGGCCUCCAGGGAAGCAAGGAGAAGCAAGCAUCGGCCGUUGGGUCCCCAAAGAAAACAUCCACAUCAGCAGGGAAGGUCUCUACGAAGUCACCCUCUACUUCCAAAGAGACCCCUCCUCAGCCCAAGCUGACCCCCACAUCGGCACUGGACUACUUUGGCAGCCAGAGCAUCCAGAGGUCAGAAAAGAAGUUGGUGGCCAGCACCAAGAGAAAAGAUGACCCGGAGGAUUCACUGAGUGAUGAGGCCAUUGCCAGACAGCUGCAGAUGGACGAGGACAUGGAUCUGGAGAAACAGCUGCAUGAAGAUGAAGCGUUUGCAAGAACGCUGGCCAUGUUGGAUGAAGAACCGCUGCCCAAAAAGGCUCGUAGGGACUUGCUCAGCUCACCCAGCAAGAUGGGAGCAGGCCAGGAGCAGAACAGUCAGACUCCCCCAGCCUCUAGUUCACAGUCUCGGACCAAUGGGAAGGCUGGUAAGAGUCCCUCUCCAAAGAAGAAACCCUCCCUUGUCAAGGCAAGCUCCAAGCUGGCCAUGAUGAAGAGAAAGGAGGAGAAAGAGGGUGCAAAAAAGAGAGAAGUGACUAUCAAGAUGGUCAUUUCACCAAAGAAAAACCCAGAAGCUCCAACAGUCUCAGAGAGGGUAAACACGCCCAAAUCGGGAAAAGUGUUGACACCUAAAAGUGAGACUGUGACCACACCUGUGACCAGUAAAAUCUCCCCCAAGAAGUUAGAGAACGCUAGUCCUGAGGACUCGGAGAAGAAGCGGGGGAAUUCUCUGGCCUAUCGUAACUACCUAAACAGGGAAGGCCCCCGAGCCCUGGGUUCCAAAGAGAUCCCUCAGGGGGCCGAGAACUGCUUGGAGGGUCUGACCUUUGUGCUCACGGGCGUGCUGGAGUCUAUGGAGAGAGAAGAUGCCAAGUCACUGAUUGAGCGGUAUGGGGGCAAGGUUACCGGAAACAUCAGCAGGAAAACCAGCUACCUGGUACUUGGCAGGGAUGGUGGUGCUUCCAAAACAGAGAAGGCCGAAAGCCUUGGCACAAAAAUCAUCGAUGAGGAUGGAUUGCUCAAUCUUAUACGGACAAAACCAGGCAAGAAGUCAAAGUACGAGAUUGCAGCCGAAGCAGAGCAGAGUAUACCUGAGCAUGUGAGGACCAGAAGCACCCCUCAAAAGAUGACACCCAAAAAGGGAACGCCCACCAAGAAGACGCCCACUAAGAUUACCUCUACGCAGAAGACCCCAUCCUCUGGGAAACGAGGCAAGAGUGCCGCAUCCAACUCAUCUACACCCCCAGGAAGGCCAUUUUCAAGCAGCAGAGCAGGAGGCAACCAGGAGGUGAAGAAAGGCCUGUCUUUUGACAAGGGGUCGGAGGGAGACGGGGGCAGUCUGCUGUGGGUGGACAAGUACCGACCCCGCAGCCUGAAGGGGGUCAUCGGGCAGCAGGGGGAGCAGAGCUGCGCUAAUAAACUGCUGCGAUGGCUGCAGAACUGGCACCGCUGGCACUCCAGGGAUAAGAAGCCUGCUGCAGCAAGAUUUGGAAAGUUUGCGGGUAAGGAUGAUGGCUCCGGGUUCAAGGCGGCACUACUCUCUGGACCUCCAGGGGUGGGAAAGACCACCACUGCUGUCCUUGUGUGUGAGGACCUGGGCUACAGUUAUGUGGAGAUGAACGCCAGCUGUACUCGCAGCAAGAACAGCCUUAAAGAGGUCAUUGCUGAGUCUCUCAACAACACUAGCAUCAAGAACUUCUACACAGGCGCCUCUCAGACAGUCAGCAGCAAACACGUGCUCAUCAUGGACGAAGUGGACGGGAUGGCUGGAAACGAGGACAGGGGUGGCAUCCAGGAGAUGAUCGGUCUCAUCAAGCAGACAAAGAUUCCAAUCAUCUGCAUGUGCAAUGACCGCAACCAUCAGAAGAUCCGUUCCCUGGCCAACUACUGCUUUGACCUGCGCUUCCAGAGACCGCGUGUUGAGCAAAUCAAGGGCGCCAUGAUGUCCAUUGCAUUCAAAGAAGGCUUGAAGAUUCCCCCACCUGCUCUCAAUGAAAUCAUCUUAGCUUCCAACCAAGACAUCCGACAGGUGCUGCACAACCUUAGUAUGUGGUCAGCGAAGGACAAAGUCAUGACAUACGACCAGGCUAAAGCAGAUGCCAGCAAUGCCAGGAAGGACUUUAAAUUGGGUCCAUUUGACGUAUGUCGGAAGGUCUUCGCUGCUGGAGAAGAGACGGCACGCAUGUCUUUGAUUGACAAGUCGGACCUGUUCUUCCAUGACUACACGCUUGCACCCCUGUUUGUCCAGGAGAACUACCUGCAUGUGCGUCCAGCUGCAGCAGGAGGAAACCUGAAGAGCCACCUGACGUUAUUGAGUAAGACGGCAGACAGCAUUUGUGAUGGAGAUCUGGUGGACCGACGGAUCCGAUCCAGCCAGACCUGGUCCCUGCUUCCUACGCAGGCCAUCUAUGCCAGCGUGCUCCCUGGGGAAUUGAUGAGGGGCUACAUGAGCCAGUUCCCCACCUUCCCUAGCUGGCUGGGCAAGUUCUCCUCCACGGGAAAGCAUAGCCGUAUCAUCCAGGAGCUGGCAACACACAUGAGCCUGAGGAUCCAGAGCAGCAAGCAGGCUGUCAAUCUAGACUACCUUCCUUACCUGCGCUCCGCCCUACUGGAGCCCCUGCAGCGCUUUGGGGCUGAGGGGGCCACCCAGGCUGUGCAGCUGAUGGACAACUACAACCUUGUCAAGGAGGAUGUGGACAACAUCAUGGAGAUCAGCACCUGGGCUGGGCAGCCAGAACCUUACGCCAAGCUGGACCCCAAGGUCAAGGCGGCCUUCACUCGGGCGUACAACAAGGAGUCCCACCUGACGCCGUACUCCCUGCAGACGGUGAAGAAGACCCGCAGGGGCACCGUGGACCUCGGUGGUGGGGAACUAGAUCUGGAGUCACAGGAACUGGCAGAGGAAGAGGAGGAGGAGGAGGGAGGCAUGGCCACCGACGCCAUGAUUAAGCAAAAGAAAGCAAAGUCAAGAAAGGACACAAAGCAGGAGCAAGCAGAGGAUUCUGGGAAAGGAAAGGGGAAAGGAAAGGGGAAGGGCAAGAAGUGAGCAUACAAGGCUCUGCAAAAGCCUGAGGCGUAUGGACUGAUGUGCUCUUCACCUGCUCCAUCACGGGCCACCGAGGAACAUCACACACACCGGUGCCAGCCGGAGGAGCAAACUUUGGAGGGUCUUGAUUUUACAGAGACCAUGAUAAGCGUGUUGGACAUCCAACAGCCACAAAAAUCCUUUUAACCAUCACCUGUACAGUAAGUAAACCUAACUGAAGAGAAAUCACCAAAUUGUAAACAAUAAGCACUUUGUUGCCUAGUGACAUAUAACCAUGCAUCUCUCAGAAGGCAGUAUUUCUUUCUUUCUCCUGGAGCUGUAUCUGUGGCUACAGUGGAUUCUGGGAUACAAUGAUAAUGUUUAUUACGUCUGCUCUUAGUAGCUUACUGCCCAGCAGCAGUGUUGGUACUAGGGUAAAGAAAUGAUAAACUUCCUUUCCACUGGAUGACUGUACAUAAUGUAUUUGUAGUGUAUCAUUUCCUUUGUACAAAUUUUCAUACAUUCUCAUACUGAAGAACUGAGCUUUGGUUACUAACCAGUUGAGUGAACCUUUUUUGCUGGGCAGGACUUAUUUUGGCUUAAACCCACAAAUUGAGGAUGUGGCAUAUUUUCUUAUGAAUGUCCUUUUGUAUAUUCUUUAAUACAGAGAAUAAUAAAUGCAAUAGCUUGC